AUGUCCUCCACCCAGCGCAGCUGUAGCCGCAGCGCCAGCCUCAGCGACAGGCCGACAGCGAGACCUAGCUCGCUAGCUCCGCCUCCGCGUCUCCGCCGCUUCGCGCGUUUCCUCCUUCAUUCACCGGCACGGGCCGCGGCGGCUUCCUUCUUCUCACUCUGCUGCGCCGCCUCUAAUAGCAGACCGGCAGCAACCAACUUUCCCAUCCAGGAGCAGGGGGAAUAUCAGCAGCAUCACCAUUCACCCGGCGUUGUUAUAUAUUUAGGUAUACAGCUGCCAUUCUCUUUUCUUUUCUACUUACAGUACAUAUUCUGGACCCUAAUUACUAGUUAG